UUUACUUUCAAAACAAUACAAUAGUAAAGAAUCGAAAGAGUUAAGAGCUUGACCUCACCUACCCAUGUACCUUUACCCCAGUCUAGCCAUGGACAGAAGCAUUUAGCUUUGUUUAUCAGUAGGGGAGGGGGGUGAGAAUGAGCCAGUAUAGUAUAGUACAGUUUGAAGAGAUGGGUCUUGAGGGCAGUUGAAGGCUGGGAUGGGUGGAAUAUUGCUGAGGUGUAAGUGGCGGUAAAAGUGCAGUUCAGGUGCGUAUAUUAUUUCUGUUUGAAUCUCUUAUUUUCCCGUGUAAACUUAUGUUAAUUCUUUAUAAAAAGUAUUUUAAAAGUUAUAUAACCAUCUUUUUAUUGGAAUACAACAACAAUUUAACAAAUUUUACGAGAUAAAAAAAAGUACAUUUUUAUGAAUCUUUCGUGUUUUACGGAGCCAUUGUGGUAAAUCAAGGAUAACUCUUCUGUCUUUAAAUAGACUUUAUAAAAGUUGCCCAAUUGGAUGAAUCUUGUUGAAAUAAAUGAUGUAUUUAUUUUAUAACUUUACUAUCAACUAUAACUAUAUGCCUGGGGCUGCAUUCAGACAAAAACAUCUGUUCCGUCCUUUUAGUUAACAUUGCUAUUAAACGAAAUGUCAACAACAAGACUAUAGUAAAAAUAAUAAUAAUUAAUUUGUCUCCUUUUAAAAACAAUUAAAAUAACUUAUGUAAACCUUUCGUUUUUCCCGUUUUCCGAUGGCACCCGGAAGGAUCAUGAUGGGAUCCCGAACCCGAUGUGAUUCCGAUAGAAUCCUGGUCAUGGUGGGAUCCCGAUCCCGGUAAGAUACCGAUCCCGGUGAGAUCCGUUUCCGGUGGUAUCCCAAACUAAAUGAGAUCCCAAUCCGGUGGGAUCCCGUUUCGGUAAGAUUCCGAUCCCGAUAGGAUUUUGAUCCUAGUGAGAUCCUGAUCCCGGUGGGAUUACCGUGAGUUAAUCCAGAUUAUCCAGUGGGUUACCGAUCCUGGCGGGAUACCGGUUACGGUGAGAUUCCGUUUCGGGUGAUAUGCAGAUCCCGGUAAUUAUGGGGAGCUCACAUACUUGACCCAGCUUACAAGCCACAUUGCAAUUGUUACGAGUGCCUUAGGAGAAAUUCCAGUUGUAUUAACGUUAUUUGUUGCCCCACAAGGUGCGCGUUUAAACCAAAUGCUGCACCAUUAAAAAUGCCUGUUGCAUCAACAAUUUUAGUUAUUGUUUCUUGGUCGUCCUGCAAUUUUAAACAAAAUGAUCCUACAACCAGCAAUACCGCAAAGCCAAAACGAGUCCAUCUUAUAAUAUAAAAAAAAUAAUCACUAGCCCUCACUUUACUCAGCGCAAAUCAGUCACCAGUAAUAAGCGCAUUUGCAUACGAAAAAAGAGGAGGGGGUGCUCAAAUUAGAGCUGACCAAUCACGGACAGCGUAUUAGCAGCCUUCAGGGUGAUCAGCUUCACACCAGGUCCAGGACAAUGAUGACGUGUGUGUCCACUGCUUAGUCAGUGAUCCACUUCUAAUCUGCCCCCCCCCCUUCCCCGACUCGACUUCAAAGGACAACCCCUAUAUUCCGAGCUCUCUGAGAGGGGAAAAAAAGAAAGUGGGGGGGGGCGCGCUUGUGCGUAAUGAAGAAUCUAGUAUUUCAUUCUUUUUUGUGAACAUGCUUAGUUUGAAAAUUUCGUUUAGCAUACUAACUUAUAGGUGGCUAAAAAUCUGGCAUAGCGUAAAAAGAAAAAUACAAACAAAUGGGGGCUGUGACACUUUGGUUGGGGGAUGUUUAAAGACUCUUUAGAAGUAAAAUAAAAAGAAAAGAUGCGAUUUAUAAUCCAGAAUUAGUUAACUAUAACUGCCUGUAUUUAAUUAUUAAAGAAUACACGUAAGUUUACAUGAUAAAUUUUUUUUUAAAUACGAAAUGCGCUAAGAAAUAAUAUACGCACCUGAACUGCACUUUAACCUAAGUGGCUUAGUAAGUGAAAUGGGAGAGAAUUCCAUUGUUUGGGGGCACAGAAAGAGAAAGAUCGUUCACCAUAUGAUUUAGUACGUGUUCUGCGUACAGAAAGAAUAUGCAUGUCUGCAGGGGAACGAAGCUUGCGAAGGGGUGAAUAGACAGAAAGAAGUUCAGUAAGAUAGAAAGUAAAGGGGAGGAACCAGAGACAAAUUUUUGACGGAGAACAGACAGCUUGUAAUCAAUGCAUGCCUGAGUAUAAGGAGCCAAUGUAGUGAGUGAAGUAGUGGAAAGACGUGAUCAGAUUUCUUUGCCACUUUAGAACUAACCUAGCAGCUGAGUUUUGAACUUUCUGCAGUUUUUAUGAAAUGUAGUAUUGGUGAACCUGACAGAAGAGAGUUAUAAUAGUCAAGACGAGAGAGAACAAGAGCACAGACUAGUGUUUUUGUUGUGCAAACUGUGAUGCGGAUUUAGGGAUUGAAUGGGCCCAGGCUUCUGAAUAAUGAAUGACGCAGAAAGCUAUUAAGAAAUUUUAGUCACGUGAGACGUGUCCCAAAAGGACCUAUUAUCGAUAAAGGUUGUUUUUGUAGUAAAUAAUUUGAUAUACACUGGAAAUUCAGCAUAUUACACCAUAAUAAUUCAUUUUAAAACAAAAUAACUUAAUUUAAUACCACCAGGAUAUAUUUUUAAUAUGAUCUGAUGCUUUGAGUUUGAGGUAUUGUUUUGGGGAGUGGAAUAAAUAGCCCUUCAUGCCUUAGCCUUAUUAUUAUUACAAUUAAUAAUAUUAAUAUAUUUAUAUUAGUUUUCUAGUAUUUUAGUCCUAGAAGAGUACAUUAUAUAGUAUUAUAAAUAUUGAAGUGGCUAUUUGUACCCGGGUACCAGAAGUGAGAGGUUGGGAUUAAAAUCUUUUUAAAAUUUUAUUAUUUUGUUUGUAAGACAAAAUGAGGUAUCAAAUGAAAGAUAAUGAAAACACGCAGCGUCACCAAUUGCACCCGCUUACCAUUAGACUUAAGCUAUUAGGAUGUCAUUUGUGGUAGUUUAUUUUAGUUAAACUGAAUAUUAAGUUUACAAACAUACAGUCCAUUCAAUUAUCUUUCAUUUGAUACCUGCGUUUGUCUUACAAACCCAACAAUAAUAUUUUAAAUAGUUUUUUAAUGCAAACCUCUUACUUCUGGUACCCAGGUAUGAAUAGUCGCCUUUAAGUAUAGGCUUAGCCCCACCCCAACUUAUUAUUUGUAGGACCUAUUGUUGUAAUUUUAUGUAAUGCAUUGAAUAUUUUAAUGAAUAUUAUGAUUCUUAAGGCAUAAAUUAAAUUAAAAUGUAAAAAACUAUUCACUUUGACCCCUCCACCCAAGACAAAAAUAAAAAAGGAGGACAAAAAAUUGGAUCAAGUAAAUACUUUUAAACACAGAGCUAAAAUUCAAAGUCUUUAGAAUUUGCAACUAAAGCUGGAAGUUGAUCUGGCUUACUCCAUGACUUAAAUACCAAAGAAUACGUCGCACUCCUUAACACUAACCUAAUCCUAGCACAAGCAGUUGCCCAAAAGCAGCAUAUAACAAGAAAUGCUAGUUUGCUGACAUCCUUGGUAUCAUUAAUACUAACUGUAGAUGAUAUAUUAAUUAUACAUAUAGGCUAACAGUUACUCCUCUACGCAAAUUGUCAUUGCUAAAUGACAAAAUAUGCCAUUCUUUACGUUAUAAUAAAAGAAUGCUAAUAUUUAUAACAGUUUUAAAUUUAAAGUAUCAUAGGCCUACUACAUGGCAUUUUCCUUUAUUUUUUACACAGAUUAUUGAAAGAUGUAAAAAAUGAUGUCCAUCAUAACAAGCCUACAGCUUAGAUUUGGAUUGAGAGAGCUGUUUUAUGCAAGUCUAUGCAUUGUACUGGGUUACCUUCUCAGAGUACGUGAUUCUUACUCUCUUAACCCAGUGUGGAGAAAGCGCAGUGAGGUCUCCAAGUUUGCCAAUGGCAAAUUCAUGACUGAUGCUGACCGGUGUCCAUCACCUAUAGUUACAGAUUUGGAGGGAGACGGUGUCAAUGAAAUUGUACUUUUAUCAAAUGAUUUGCAACAUCUAAAUGUUCUAGCAAUGCCAUCACCAAGUGAAAGAAAUGAUAGGACUUUGGCUCAUGUUGUUGUUAAAUACAGAGUAGCGCUUUUUCUGAAUGAAAGAAUGAAAGGACACCUCUCAAAGCCACAUGUGAUGAAUGUAGGUUUUGUUGAGCCAUAUCUGUCCAUAAUGCAAAUAAGAAAGCAGGUAAGAGAGAAGCAGAGUCCUGUAAUGUUGAAGUUGGGGACUAAAAUAUUUUUUUUAUCUGUGUACAUAAAAAUAAAUUUUCUUUGUUUUAGAGGGUGGGGUUUAAAUAUUUAUAGAAAAAUUGAUACACUUAUCCUUUUAAAGCAGUCAUUUUAUUUUCAUCAAGGUUUUCUAAAUUUCUAUAGAAAAGCCUCACUUUAAACGCUCUGACUGAAUCAUUUGUUGUUUCAAUAUUUAUUUGACCCAGAUAAUAGUGGUAGUUACAGAUGACUGGCAGGUAUUGUGCUACAGCCACAAUCUCAAAUUACUCUGGCACCAGCAGCUUCAAUUGCCAGUCUCUGGCCUUCAGGCUGUUGAAGUGAAGUCAUUAGCAGUUUUGGUUUCCCCAUUUUCCAUAGAGAAAAAACAUAAAGGUCUGGUGGUUGUUGCUGGAAGUUUCAAGCAUAAAUCUCAUAAACCUGAUAUUUUUUCUGAGUAAGUUUACACACUAACAAACUUGUUUAAAAAAUGAUUAAGUCAUUUUGGAAACAUUAAUUACAUAAACCUAAGACUGUACUAUACUAUUGAAAUGUGUUUAAGGUAAAUAUUAAAAAAAGAUAUGGAAGGGGGGGGGGUGUGUUUAAAAUUGACAAUUUCUAUUUCAAGUGAAGUUGCUUUUUUUUUUUUAAAUUUCAGAUUGAAAAAAAGGGAAGACCAUUUGAUAAGAAAUGGCACCUUAAAAGAACAUUCAGAACCAGAGAAUGAAACAUUAACUCAAUUUUCUACAUUUGCUUUUAGUGCUUAAGUUGGCCUUUUAUACUAUUGAAAUGUGUUUAAGGUAAAUAUUAAAAAAAGAUAUGGAAGGGGGGGGGGUGUGUUUAAAAUUGACAAUUUCUAUUUCAAGUGAAGUUGCUUUUUUUUUUUAAAUUUCAGAUUGAAAGAAAGGGAAGACCAUAUGAUAAGAAAUCGCACCUUAGAAGCACAUUCAGAGCCAGAGAAUGAAACAUUAACUCACUUUUCUACAUUUGCUCUUAGUGCUUCAGAUGGCCUUUUACUUUGGAAGCAUACAGCUGGUGAUUUUGAGGAGACAAGCCUGGAUAAAAAGGCAUCUAUCUUAUCUAAAUAUAUAUAUAUAUUAAUAAUAAUAAAUAUUGCCCAAACAUAAAAUUGUUUAAUGCGUCAGUAGGUGUUAUCUAUAAUAGUCAAGGCUUAUUUUCACUUUUUAUUCUUUUGCCUUUAUUUCAAAAAUCGCUUACAGUUCAUUGUGGUUUUUGCUCAAAGGUAUAUAAAUAUUUUAUAUUGACCUAUUGUUCAAAACAGACAAAUAGUAUUGGUAAUAUUCACUGGAAGCUGGCACUACGUCACAAGAAAGCUCACAAAGGGGAAUCACCAUGGUCUGAUUAUGGUGACCAACUCAACCAAUUUCUGGUAAGUACUAACAUGUUGAAACAAAGUUUAAGGAAGAAAAAAAAAAUUGUUGACAAAUCAUAUUUCAGCGAAGGACGCCAAGUAGAACAAUGGUGGAUGGAGCGAACAUGUUUUAUUAUUCACAAAGUGAAAUUGCAUUUUCUUACUUCAAUAUUUUGUGUGUGUUAUGGUUAGUAAUGAUUGAUGGUAAUGAAGCAUGUAGUGGUGGAAAUACGGAAUUAAAAAAUAAAGAUCAGCAAAAUUUUAUUACAGCUCUCAUUGCGUAAAUUAAUCUUGUCAAAUAAAAUGAAUGAUGAAUUAUUUUUAUUUUUUACAUCAGUUUACUAUGAGUUUUUUUUAUCUUAUUGGCAUAGUACAGUGGUCGGCAAACUUAUUAGUCAAAAGAGUAAAAAAUCAGCAGCAGGCCGAAUAAAAAAAAUUUUGAGAGCCAAAUUACUUUUCAAGAACCUGUCAAGAGCCAUUUUUUUCGGAGUCAGUUUAAACUAGCUGCUAAACAUUAAAUACAACCAGAUAAUAAUAAAAAUCUUAUGUAUUGAAAAAAAAUACAAAAGAUGCAUUUAAUGUAGGGUGACGAAACAUCCUGUAAAAACGGGAUUGUCCCAUAAAAUUAAAAAGGGGAUUGUCCCGUUUUUUCACGAUGGUACCGUUGUCCCCACAAAGUCUCAUGGGGCACCUAAAUGUCCUGUUUUUUUUAACCAAACACAUUUUCUAAUCACUAAAACUUUCUAAUUUAUAAUAUAACUUCAAAUAAUAUUUUGGCUAGCUGUGUUGUGAUGUGGACUAGCUUGAUGGCUGCACCGUUCCCUUUCCUCCACCAGUGUCCCUGCCAUAAAUUUUAUAUGUAAAUGUAUAGCAAAAGACAUGAGACUUGAAGCCGCAGGGGGUGGGGGGAGGAUGUAACUGUGCAGAAAACUAUUUUGAUUCCACGACCGCUACGUGUAAUAUGUUAGUCUUGUGUGUGUGAUCCCUGCCGGUGUGUUCGAGUCAGAGUGACAGGUGGUUUUUUUUGGGUGUUGAACUUUAUUCUUUAAUUUUAUAUUAUCUUCUCAUGUAAACAAUAAUUAUGCCCAAGCGUCAAUGUAAGUUUAUGGAUGAGUAUUCCAAAGAGUGGAACUAUAUUAAAAAGGGUCGCUAUAAAAGUGAAGCCUAGUGCACAUUUUGCAAUAAUGUUUUUAGUAAUAGUCAUGGUGGACGUUCAGACAUAAAACAACACAUCACAUCCGUGAUACAUAGGAAAAGACUGAGUGCCCCAAGUAUAUUUCUAGGUUAGAUUUUAUAGUUAAAAUUAGCAUAUUUCAAUAAACAGUUCCUGGACCCCUCUUUAACUGGAGGGUAUUUCCCCCCCCCCCACCCACGAGAAAAGAUAACCACAACAAAACAACUGUCCUUGAGAGCGUCCCGUUUUUUCCAAAUAAUGAUUUGGUCACCCUAAUUUAAUGUAGCACCUUGAAUUUCCUUGGAAAGUUUUUAUAAUUCUGGUUUGUAUGUCGUUUUUAAUUUCAAGCAGGAUUCUAGAUUCUCAUCAGUAAGACGAUUUCUCAAUUUAUCUUUGAUGAGGUUCAUGCUUGAAAAUGAUUGUUCGCAUGAAUACGUAGAGCGAAAGAGCCGCACUCAGGUCACAAUCCGUGAUUUGCCGACCACUGGUAUAGCAAAUAGAAAUUUAUGUUUAAACAUUUAUAUUGUGUUAAAAUUUGUUUAAAAUACAGCCUCAUCUUUGGGCAGACAACUCGGACACAGAAAUAUUAAUGGCGAGAGUCAAUAAGCAGUUUGGUAAAACGACCAGAGAAUCUCAGGAUCUACAGGAUAGACUGACAACUCCUCCAGCAUCAGCUUUGUCGCCUGAACAUUUUAUUGGGUUUGCAUAUGGUGGUCAGAGGCCUCAUAGUGCUCAUGAACAUGUGAAAAAUCCUAACAGGUACACAGCAUUAAUCUACAAUUGAUAAUUUUUAAUUAUUUUAAUUACCCUUAAUCUUAUGAUCUGAUUAGUUAUGGUACUGGCGGCCAUCACGUGGGCCCUGCAACCACUUUGGCUGCAUGGGGUCUCGUAAAUAUAUGAAAAAAGGGGCCAAAAAUUAUGAUGUUGAAAAAAAUUGACUGUCAACUUUGAAAACAGAAAAGUGGCUCUGGCCUCCGAAAUGGAAAAGCUUAAAACUAUUUAAAAAGUCAUACUCUCAGUGGCGGUGAUUAGAAUUAGAGUAUGAUGUAGAGGAACGUUGUACAACUUUUUUUUGAGAGGAGAGCUAGAAAAAUGUAUGCCACAGUGAGUCAGAAGUUUACCACCAUCUGAACUAUAUUAUAUAGAUGUAGUCAUUAAUGACAUAUUAAUUAAUUAGGGAGCUAUUGACAUCACUGGCAUAUUGCAUAGAUAUAUUAAUUCAAUGACCUGUUGGGGGUGAAUCACUCAGGAAGAAAUUCAGUUUAAGAGUUUCAAUUAGUUUUCCUUCCACCAGAAAUGUGUAUGGGGAAUUUUAGCAGUUGAUAUAUUUUCUGUGCAAGAAAGAAUUCAAAUGACAAACCCUUUCCCCCCCCCCCCCCCCAUAACAGCAUUGUCAUUAGAUCUCCACAAGGUCUUCAAGUUUUAUCCUUGGUCACUGGUCAGCCAAGAGCAACACUGCAUUUUCCAGCUGACCGAUCUUUGUAUCUGGAUAUGGACAAAGAUGGCCAUAUGGAGAAGAUGGUUUGGGAUUUGGGACAGGUAAAUGAACAGUCAGUAGUUCCCAGCCCUUAUUAAUCUUCCUUUUAAAGUGUCAAUUUUUGUAUUCCUAUGAAGGUUAACAAUAAUUAUUGUUGCUUUUUGUUCCAAUGUAAUACUUAUUGGAUCAAAGAGUCGUUAAAGGAUUACUUUAAAUAUAGUUUUAGUGAUGAUGUCUAUUGUCUACAACUUGGCUAAAUCCAUUUAUAUUGUCUUUCGUUUAUGCGUCUGAUUGCCCUCCCCCCACCCCCUAUUUUCAGCUUUGUUUAAAGAUAUUUGCUAAAAUUGAAGUUUGUUGGAUUCCUCAAUCCAAAAACUCAUAGUGGCAAGUCGAUGUACUAGUUUUGUGCCAUCAUUGCUGAAGUUAUGAUGACGCAUUUUUUAUAGUACCCAUAAUACCUUCCCAUUUAUAAUAUGUACUUUUAGCACUACACCCCUUGCUAUCUGGACAUCUGGCGAAUCACCCCAGUACAAGAAAGGCUAGAGCAAAUAUCUUUGUGCGCCAGUAAGCGGUUGUUUUGGACACGUUCAUGGAGCCUGGAAGAGGAUAUUUAUAAGAAAAUUCCACCAAAAAUCAUAAAAAGGUUAACUUGACAUAGCAUGCAUUUUUUAGGUUAUGGUAGGCAAACGAAAGUAGUGCAAACUAUGCAUUAGCUUGGAUAUAAGACCAUUUAAUGAUGUUUUUAAAUAAAAUUUGUUAAAUCUCUCAUUUUCAUACAUUUUUUUGUUUUGCACACUUAGUUUAGCAAGAAAGACUGGUGUGUUGCGUCACUUUCUGGGACAUAACUUAUUCGAAGACAACACUUACGACAUAAUAACAUUUGGUGGUUUGGGGCGUGUGAGCUCUAUAGGUUUAGAUGGAACCAUUCAUUGGCAGGUAAUAGUAAUAGUCUCGAUGUUCAGCUGAAAAAUUGUAACCAUUUAUAUUUUAGUAAACUCACCAAACAAGUCAGCAAUGUCAGCCUACUUAUCUUAUACCUUGAAUUAGAUAUUGAAAUAAUAAUUCUCUUUGGUAUGCAUUUCAAACCAGCUCAGUGCUUGAAAAAAAUCUUCAAGACUUUUGCCAUGACCAUAAAUCAUUGCACAUUUCUUGAAAUCAGUUGCAUAAGAGUGGCAUUCAAAUAGUUUAUUGUUAGGCUUAAAAUUGUGCUUAUUCAAUUUUUUUUUUUUCUGUUGGUAGGUACUAAAUUAAGUUGAAAUCAACAGGUUUAUCUAAAUUAUUAUUGAGGUACUUAAUAUUUCCGACAAUUAUUUUCUAUUUGAUUUACAGACAUUGACUGAAUCAAAAUGGGGAGAUAUAUCCAUGAGUCUUCGCCGCUCAGGUGGGCGUCAGUUGUCUGACUCCAUUAAAGAAGAGUUCCUCCUUUCUUUUCAACCAGGAAGAGUCAUAAUGCCAUUGCAAGAAAUGGGAGCAAAGGUGCUGCAUUGACUUUUUUAACCCUAUAAUUUUCAUACCCCUUUCAGUGAUGUCACGGCUGAUUUAAUCGGCCGCUAGCAAAAUCGUCAUUAAAAAUGCAAAUGUUUUCAUGCAUAUUGUUUAAGGGGAAAGCACUCUAUAUAAAUGAGUUGGCUUCCCAUUUCCGUUACUAUCAGUUUGUUUACAUGCUUUAAUUGAGGUUUUUUUUUUUGUGUUAAUUGGGUGUGAAAUUUUAUCAAAUUUUUUUACCUCAACAAUGUCUGAUGCCGGAGAAGCCCCCCUUAAAUUUAAAAAUUAACACAGAAUUUCUUUAUUGGAAUUAUUUCUAUAAUGUAUUAAAAUGAAAGCAAAGAUUUCAGAGAUAUUCCAUGUGCUAGUAAUGCCAAUAUUAUCUCUAGCAGUGAUGUCGAGAUAAGUCAGAUAUUGACAAUUUUAUUCCUAAGCAUUGUCGUAUUGUUACAGACAAUUCUUUUGGGAAUGGGUGGAAAAAAAGACACAGAUUUGAUCCCAAGGAUCUACCCCAAAGAUAUUUUUGUUUGUGUAUGUUCUGGAGUAUUAAUUAAUAAAAAAUUGAUUUAAUAACUUCAAUUGAAAAGGAAUUUUUAAACUCGUUACGUUCCUUCCCCCUUGUAUUUUGUAUAACACAAAUUUGAAGGUAGUGAAUGAAACAAUUCACCACUAUCACAAUAUUCAAUGUAAGCAACUAUAACUUGACAUUUUCUGAAAGAAUAUUGCUUCUAGUAUUUCAAAAUUGUGAAUUUAGGAUAUUUUGAACAAAUUAUGGAGUAUUUAGGGUGGUUUGAAUUCAGAAGUUGAGUACUAAACUUUUACUCACUCUAUAAAGGUCAAUAUCAUUAACAACAUACAUUAUAUAAAAACAAAUUAUUUUCAUAUCAUAAGAUACCAAUGUACUUUCAGAAAAGUAUACUUUUAAGAGUCUCUGAAUUCAUUUAGUCUGGGAUUUUGUCAUUUUUGAGAAGCAGAUGGUAUUGCUAAAAAUGACUUGACGCUAUAGAAAAAAUUAAAAUGUUCUUGACAGUUAUAUGGUUAAAUAAAGUUUUAUAUUAUGAUAAAGUACGUGUUACUUUUAAUAUUUAAAAAUAAGAAUAUUCCCUAGGGAUAUAGUUCAACCAUUUUAGGUGGUGCCGGUAUUUAUAUGUUAUUAAACUUGCAUCCUGCGGAUUCUAAAAUGUUAUAUGUCUGAGGAAACAUAGUGGUAUUAACAAGUAAAAAAGCUAAAAAAUAUCUCUUACUUCAUUAACUCUUAUUUUACCUUCUUAACAAAACCAUCAACUAUUUUUCUUUUUACAAACAAUUUAGAUUGCAGUAGCAGUGUCAGGAUGGAAUACAUUGUCAAUUGUAGACCUUGUGGAAGGAACACUCCUUGCUCAACAUUCCAUACCCGCUCCAUCAACUGGUCCCCUGGUCUAUGGGGAUUUUGAUAAUGAUGGUAUAAUGGACAUCAUACUAACAUGCAAGAAAGGGUAAAUAAUUUUAACGCCUACUAUUGUGACACAAGACUCGUCUGUUGGUUUAUUAAAAGAAAAAUCUAAAAUUUCUGGACGUAACAAAUGAAGCUCAGUUUGCUGGGAAAUAAAGAAGCAUUAACUUUAUUUAUAACUAAGGCUCUCACGGGGGUACCCGCCUGAAGCUACCUGCUCUGGCAAUUCUUGGGUGCCAAAUUUUAAGAAGUUAUUUAAAAGAUAUAUAAAAAACCAUAAAAUUUCUAAUGAGAAUUAUGUUAUCGUAACCCUCUACUGCCAUUAGCACCCUCUGUUGUCACCAAAAUUCCUACCAGUGCAUGCCUACUACCCUGGGUGGUGGCACGUCAGUCGGAUCUUGACGUUUGAUGCUCGUUCGGGGCAGGUAGCAAAUAAGCUACCACACAUUCAUCUGUUAAAAUGUACUGCUGCUCUUGUGUAUGUUUCUAUCUUUUUUCGUUAAAAAGUUAUGAGAGAUCAGCAUGUCUUUUCAAGCUCAUAACAUAUGUGACAACAUGCCAAGUUGAUUAGACUACCAGGUUUAGACAGUGAAACAAUCUAACAGAUCAAUGUAGAAUUUAUUUAAAUUAAAGUAGAAAGUAAUAGUGAUGAUCUCAUAGUUGAAAUUAUAUCUGAAGCAGACUAUAAAAAUCAAUUUUAAAGAUAAUGAAUAUUAAAACCAGCUGGUAGAUAAUAAAACCAGCCAUGACCAGGAUGAUGGCCGGUGAACUUUAUGACCUGCUACAUUUCCUAAAAACUUGUCUGCUUCUGGGGGUACCCAGGCAGGUGUUUUUACAUUUUUUGAUAGCCCUAUAACUUAUUAUAAAUUUAUGUAUGUAGGAAUAGAAAACGGUUUGGCCUUCUUAUUUAUUUUUAGUGAUUUGUGGAGUGAGCAUUUCGAAUGUUGGGAGUUUACACCAGAGUUAGACAGGGGGGGGGGGGGGGGGGGGGGGUGUUAAGCGUGGGGAUGUUAGGUGUAUAGGGAUGGUCACAGCAGAGUUAAGAAACAGGCCUAAAUCAAAUUUGAGGCUAAUAGCAGUUGUCUUAUUUAUUAUUAAAAUAAAAUUUAGCAUCCUGCCCAUGAAUAAAAAUUGGAAGCACAUUUUUUAUAUUAAUACAUUUCAGAACUGGAUUUAAAAAAUGAAAGAAAAUUCAUAUGGUAUAAAAUUUGAAAAAAUAUGUGGUUUCUCAAAAUACUAUAUUUGCCAGCCUACAGGGCACAGCGGCUUAUAAGUCACAGCUCUAAAUUUUUAUACAUAUUUUAAAGAAACAAAUUCUGUUACAGCACCCCAUAUUUUAGGUGUAUUUUGAGGGGGAAAAGUGCACCCUAUAUGAGGGCAAUAAUUAUGAUAUACAAAACAGUUUUUUUUUAAAAACACCACUGUUUCACAAACAGUUUAAAAUAAAAAUAGUUUGAAGGGUUUUGAAAAUUCCAACUCUAAACUUAUUUGUAUGUUGCUAUGGCAGUGGAGGGUAGUCUGAAAAUAUUGUGGAUGCAACACUGGCAGUGGUCUCAAUAAUAGGACAUUUUUGCAUAUGUAAUAUCUUAGUUUAUGACAGUCAUAUAUGACCGCCGUCAAUGUUUCCUUUUCAAUACUUUCAUCACACACAACCCCAAGUAAUUAACAGUUUUUAAAGUAUGUUUAAGAGAGUGUUAGAAUAAUUAAUCAUAACUGCUUAUGUUAAAAUAAAAAUAUGUCUUACAUAAUAAAGAAUCAUAAAUCCUAAAUUGGAUAAAUUAAUUAUCCUUUUUAGAUGUAUAUUUUUUUUCAUUUUAAGAGUCAUUAAAAAUCUUUUCUUUAAUGUUCAAAACUAAUUCUGAAAAAUUAUUUGGAACUUUUUAUGUACCUUUGAAUAUAUUAUUUGAUUUUAUAAUAUAUAUUAUAAAUAAGCUGUUUGAUAAAGCUAUUUUUUACAUUCCAGAUAUAUUGGAUUUUCACUGAAGUUACAACACAACUAUGAGUUAACUGUCCUGUACACCAUUUCUGUUUUUCUCAUCAUCAUUCUAUUUUCCUGGUUAAUCUCGACAUCUUCAGAGAAUGACAAGGACAGUGAUAAAGAUGAUGACAUUGAGGAUGAUGACGAAAUUAUAGGAGGAGAUGAUAAAAUUAUUAAGAUUCAUUCACAAAAUCUUUUGUAUAAUUAAUAUUGAUGUACAUGCUGUUAGGGGUCGUCCAUGCUGCUUAAGGCGUCUUUGUGUAAUCCUCUUGCUGAUCAGUUUGAUAAUUGUAAAAAAAAAUUACAAUCAUAAACCACAAAGAAUUUAGUAAAAAUUUCAUAAGGGAGAUCAAUCUAUAUAUUUGGUUGUUAUUAUCCACAAAUGUAAACAAAGCAAGUUUUUUCUCUGAUUCACUUUAAACAAAUGAUUUAUUUAGGGGUCAUUUGUACAUAACAUACUCCCAAAAAAAAAAUGUUAGGAAACACACACACAACACACCCCCCCCCCCUUAAAUAAAAAAAUUAUUUAAUUAGGGGUCAUUUGUAAAUAACAUACACCCAAAAAAAAAAAUGUUAGGAAACACACACACAACACACCCCCCCCCCCCCUUGAUGCAUCCAUCCUUUUUUCGGCUCACCCAAUCUUGGGCAAAUUGGGUUUACAUUAAAAUUAAGGAUGCUUCUGUGAAAGGAAAGACUACAAUUUUGAAGUACUUUGUGACAGUAAUUUAUUUGUGAAAUGUUUAGUAAGAGAAAUGGAUUGAAUGAAUAAAAGAAUUAGUAAGGAUGUUUUUAUAUAAAUAUUUGCAAUAAACAAUGUUACAAUUUGUAAAUUGUUUUUAUUUUGUAUUCAAAAUUUAUGGAAAGGAGAUUAUAAUAAAGUAUCAUAUGUACAUAUUAU